AUGUGUCUUGGCCCAGGUUUGCCCGUGAGGAGGUGGCUCUCUCCUUCCCUGGACAAAGCACUGUGCCUGGGCUGUGGGUGGGCACGUCCUGUCUGCAGGGGCCUGGCCUCCACUGGGGCUCAGCAGUUCCCCCAUUGUCUUCCCUUUUCUCUUCUCCCCUCCAGGUUUAACUGGUCCCACCUGACCCCUCCCAGGCUACAGCGCAGAUUUCUGGGCCUUGGCACUGCCAGUACCACAAAGGGCAGGGCACACUUUACCCUAGAGGGGCACAAGUUCCUGAUCUUUGGGGGCUCCAUUCACUACUUCCGGGUGCCCAGGGAGUAUUGGAGGGACCGCCUGCUGAAGCUGAAAGCCUGUGGCUUCAACACUGUCACCACCUACAUUCCAUGGAACCUCCAUGAGCCACAAAGAGGCAAAUUUGUCUUCUCUGGAAACCUGGACCUGGAGGCCUUUGUACUGUUGGCUGCUGAGAUUGGGCUGUGGGUGAUUCUGCGCCCAGGCCCUUACAUCUGCGCUGAGAUUGACCUUGGGGGCCUGCCCAGCUGGCUCCUGCAGAACCCCAAAACCCAACUGAGAACCACGGAAAGGACUUUUGUGGAUGCAGUUGAUGCGUACUUCGAUCACCUGAUGCGCAGAAUGGUUCCUCUCCAGUACCAUCACGGCGGCCCUGUCAUAGCUGUGCAAGUGGAGAAUGAGUAUGGGUCAUUUAAUCGGGAUGGACAAUACAUGGCCUACCUUAAGGAGGCUCUGCUGAAAAGAGGGAUUGUAGAACUGCUCUUCACCUGUGAUUAUUAUAAAGACGUUGUGAAUGGCUCACUCAAAGGAGUACUGGCCACUGUCAAUCUAGGUUCACUUGGGAAGAAUUCUUUUUACCAGCUUCUUCAAGUUCAGAGCCAUAAGCCCAUUCUAAUUAUGGAAUACUGGGUUGGCUGGUAUGACUCUUGGGGACUUCCUCAUGCUAACAAAAGUGCGGCUGAGGUGGCACAUACUGUGUCCACAUUUAUCAAAAAUGGGAUCUCCUUCAAUGUCUACAUGUUCCAUGGUGGAACCAACUUUGGAUUUAUCAAUGCAGCUGGCAUUGUGGAGGGGCGCAGGAGUGUUACGACAAGCUAUGACUAUGAUGCUGUGCUGUCAGAGGCUGGAGAUUACACAGAAAAGUAUUUCAAGCUUCGAGAACUCCUUGGAUCUUUUUCAGCAGUUCCACUGCCCCACUUACCUGAGAUUACUCCCAAGACUGUGUAUCCAUCCGUGAAACCAUCACGCUACUUGUCGCUGUGGGAUGUCCUGCCGUACUUGAGAAACCCCGUCAAGUCCUAUACUCCAGUCACCAUGGAGAAUCUUCCUGUGAACAAUGGCAGUGGUCAGUCCUUUGGGUUCAUCCUCUAUGAGACGGUCAUCUGUUCUGCAGGCCAGCUCCAUGCACAUUCUUAUGAUGUAGUACAGGUGUUUUUGAAUGAGGCACAGCUAGGAUUGCUGAGUCCGGGUAGAUGGAAGCUGUACAUUCCUAAGACAAGGGGCUGUGGACUUCUUAGGAUCCUGGUGGAGAAUGCAGGACGAAUCAAUUAUUCAUUGAAAAUUCAAAAUGAGCAGAAAGGAUUGCUGCACUCUGUCUGCCUCAAUGAUGUCUACCUGAAGUCCUACUCCAUCUAUUCCCUGGAGAUGAAGAUGAGUUUCUUUGAGAGACUCCGCUCUGCCACCUGGAGACCUGUCCCAAAGAAAUAUAAGGGGCCUGCCUUCUACCUGGGCAACCUGAGAGCUGGGGAUUCUCCCAGGGACACCUUCCUCAGCCUGCCGAACUGGGAUCGUGGGUUCGUGUUCAUCAAUGGACGCAACCUCGGGCGAUACUGGAGGAUCGGGCCUCAGCUGACGCUUUACCUUCCCGGUGUCUGGCUCCAUCCUGGAGACAAUGAGAUCAUCCUGUUUGAAACGAGAAAGAGUGGAUCAUACAUCGAGUCUACAGACAAGCCCCGCUGGAAAGCUAUGUUUUAA